AUAAAACCUCAAAUCUCAAACUUUCAAUUUUCACAUUUACAAAGCCAAACACUUUGACACCUGAGCAAAUCUAUCCCAAUGGCAGAAAACCCUUCCGAAACGGUGCCGUCGAGCUCACAACCUUCUUCUUCUUCUUCUUCUCCUCCUCCUCGUCCUCAGAAAUCGCCCCAAGAUUCAUCCCAGGUCCCUGCAUUUUCCAAUUUUCCUCCAUUUCCGGUUGGAUAUUAUCAAAUGUUUCCUGCUAUGUACCCUGCACUUGUUCCAGGGUUAACUCCUCAGCCACAAAAUGAGGAACAGGUGAACCGUGGUGCUGGCAUAUAUGCUGUUCCUGUUCAUCCCUUUGAUAGACAUGUUACUGGACUUCCAUACAACACUCUGAUUCCGCUGACUUACCACACUCCCACCAGUAGGCCUAGUUCUGAAGCUGCUGCUGCCAGUGAAAAUCAGGGGCAAGCAGCACAGCAACAGCAUCCUCAACAGCAGCAGCCUGCACCUCAAAGACAAGUUGUUGUUAGGAGAUUUCAAAUUGCAUUUCAAAUUGAUUUGUUGCUUAUGUUGAAGCUGGCAGCUGUAAUCUUUUUGUUCAACCAAGAUGGAUCAAGGCAGAGGCUUGCUGUCCUUGUGUUAUUUGCUGCUCUUGUAUAUUUAUAUCAAACUGGAGCUUUGACACCGGUUGUAAGAUGGCUUUCACAAGGUAUGCAUAGAGCAGCAGCACCUCCUCAUUCACCAAGACCUGCAGCCAGGGCUGAAAAUGUUCCUGCUGCCAGGCAGGAGAUUGACAAUGCUGCUCCAGCAGAGGGCCAACCUGAAGCUGAGAUUGGGAACCAGCCCACUAAUGAUGCGGACCGGGCAGUUGAGAAUGAAAAUGUGGCGGAACCUGGUAGAGGCAAUGCUGGCAACCAGUGGUGGGGAAUUGUGAAGGAGAUCCAGAUGAUUGUAUUUGGAUUUAUCACUUCCCUUCUCCCUGGGUUCCACAACCAUAUGGAUUGAUUUAUACUUUGUGGCUAAUAUGGCCAAUUGGAGCAUGCCAGAGACAUGGAAGGGGGUUAUCUGAAAUAAAAUGUAUAGCAGCAGAAGUUCCAAGCGUGAUAACUAAUACAUACAUAGUUAGGUGCAACUAUAGUCCAGCGAAAAACAAAAGAAUGGUGCAACUACUGGGUGCCAUUUUUUAAUAUCAUUACUUGGAUUGUUGAUACAACAGUUUUUGUGGCUUCCAGAGGACAGUUUUUUCUUCUUCUUUUUUCCUGUGUUAAGUGUUUGAUGACUCGUUUCAUUUCGAACUUUGUACUAUCUUUCAGAGUGACCAAUGUUUUUUCAAUUCCCCUCCAAAAUUUCUUUGGUUCAUUCACUUGGUACGAGUUGUUCGGUGGAAACAACUAUCAAUUUAAUUCAUAAGCAUCCAGGAUGUGUUAAAAGUUUACUAUCUCUAUUAUUGAGUG